UCCGAUUAUGCAUCCCUCAAAUGUCUCUGUUCUAAGAAGGAAGACGGUGAAGAAAAAGUUUUGUUCUUCUCUUUCUCUCUCUUGUUUGCUUUGUUGUUUCUCUCUCCUUUCUUCAAUUUUUUUCUUUUGGAUUUUGUGAUUCUGAAGAUAUAUGGCUACUACCGUGAUCCUUCAGCCGCAGGAUUGCCUUGGGAACGGGUUACGCCACCAAGGUUUGGUUCUGUCGUCUCCGCCUUUGAAAUCGCGGCGGAAUUCUAACCGUAUUAGUUCUAGUUCUUCUUCUGCAAACCCUAAUUUUAAUCAGGAUGAUGCGACUUGUUCCGGUAGGCGGCGGAGUUCGGAAGUGGGAGUUAAGGCUAACCGUCGAGUGAAUAGAGGUCGGAGUCGGGUGGUAGAGACGUCCACGGCGGCGAAGAUUUCACCGAAGAAUCUGGUUAUGGGACAAGUCAAGAUCUUGAAGCGUGGAGAGAUGUUGUGUCCCGAUGGAGGUGUUGGUGAUGGUGGUAAGAGGAUGUUGGAAUCGAAGGUUGAGGAUUUGGAUUUGGUUUUGGGAUCGACUGAUCGGUUGGGUCCAGACCCUGAUUUGAUGCAGAAGCAGGUUGUAUUUUCGGAAUUGAAGGUUGCCGAUGGGAUCUAUGCUGGAUCGGGUGCGUUCUUUGCUUCGCCGCCUCCGAGUUCAGUGCCCUUGCCGUCCUUUUUAGGUAAGAACGGUACUGCAACUAACGAUCUGCGGCGGUUGUUGCGACUUGAUUUGGACUGAUCACGUCGGAGCAACAGAAGUGAACAAUCCAGAAUAAUAUGGGUUUUGGUCACUUGAUUUGGACCGAUCACAUCGGAGCCACAGAAGUGAACAAUCCAGAAUAUGGUGUUUGGGUUUGGUUUGGUUUGGUAUGAUUUGAUUACUCCAGGGUGUAGUAAUGAUAGAAUAUGAAGUGAUGUGCUCUUUUCGAUGGCGAUUGUUCGGUAUACCUCGGCAUCUCCCUUUAUUUUUUCAACAGGAAGAUGCUUGAGUUGCGAGCAGAUGAACUGGCUGAAGUGAAGCAACAUGACAGUUCUUCUAGGUUUACUAUAACUCAGAUCAAUUAGGGUUUAGCUGCUUUUUCUUUCUCAUAGAAUAUAUUGUCUGCUUUGAGCGUUUUCAUUGUAGUAGUUGGUAAUCUUUGUUGGUGGCUUGGUUAGCUUUUAAAUUUGGUGUGGGUUUUCCUUUUAGGAGCUCUUAGAUAUUGCCUUGACUAUGCUAGGUACCCAGAAUUUGUAGUUCUUUGUAUCUUUGCUUUGUUUCUUCAAACAGAUUUGAUUGUAUAAACGUAGUAUUUCCUUA